AUGACCUGCUGGGUUCCGCUGUUUCUGAACCUUGUCAGAUCUAGAAGGCCGUCGUUUUUGCCUCGCCAGAUCCCGCAAUAUUUCUGCCGAUACUCGACAACGUCCGAUCGCAACCUCAUUCACUCCUUUCCGACCAAUGGGUUUGGACAUGUUUCAUUGGAAGACAAAUUCGAAGAAGAGAACUUACCCAAAUAUCAUGCCGAGAGAUUCUACCCUGUACGAAUAGGCGAUGUGUACAAUGACUGUUACCAAAUCCUGGCGAAGCUUGGAUUUGGGACCACUUCAACUAUCUGGCUUUGCCGAGACGUUAGGCAGGAUGCCUUUUUGACUAUGAAGGUGUGCGCCACGGAAGUGAAUUCGGAUUCAAGUGUAGACAAUGAACUGUCCGUCUCGCAAUAUCUUGAGUCCAUUGAAGCCGAACAUCCAGGAAAGAACUUCCUUCGUUUAAUCGUCGACCACUUCUUGCUUCAAGGCGCUGUCGGAAACCAUCAAUGUCUGCUCUUUACUCCGCUUGGCCUCAAUUUUACCCAGUUGCGCAACCGGUUCCCCGAAAAAGCUGUACCUAAACUAUUGGUCCAGCACACUAUGCAGAUUCUGCUCAUAGGCUUCGACUUUCUCCAUCAAGUCGGUGUCGUACAUACAGACAUAUCGCCAAACAAUCUCCUUCUCGGCCUGACAGAUACGGCUGUGCUUUCAGAGAUAGAGCAAUCAGAACUGGAAAAUCCAUCCUAUCGAAAAACAUUACCAGACCGGACGAUACACAUGUCGCACAAAAUGCCAGUCACCGGCGGGAUGCCCAAGAUCUGCGACUUUGGAGCGGCGAGGAUCGGUGCAGAGCACUCUGGUGAUGUCAUGCCUGGGCAGUAUCGGGCCCCCGAAGUUAUUCUAGGCAUGAAGUGGGACUCGAAGAUUGAUAUCUGGGCAAUCGCACUCACAACCUGGGACCUUCUUCAAGGCAAUUAUCUAUUCAACGCUUCCAAGGAUGGGCUGUUGCAUGACGAGCGACAUCUCGCAGAGAUGGUUUCGCUCAUGGGUCCGCCCCCAAAAGCAUUCCUAGAAAGGAGUGAAGACUGCCGCAAAUACUGGGAUGACGAAGCAGGCAACUGGAUUGCCGAAACGCCAAUUCCCGACCAGUCCCUCGAAACUCGUAACAAGCAUUUCAGCGGCGAGGACGGACGACUGUUGCUUGAAUUCAUGAGAAAAAUCGUUCGCUGGCUUCCAGAAGAGAGACCAACGGCCGAGGAUCUCUACAAGGACGCAUUCAUAUAUCAAACUCCUAUUGGUUCCAGCGCGAGAGACGGAAGCGACUCUACCGACCCGAUGCGUUAUAAAUGA